GCUGAGCCGAGCGUUUAAGCCAGACAGACAGCGGCAUGAGGCAGCAGCUGCGUUCAGACUGCCAAUUCCUCCUUCCUCCUCCGUCUUCCUCCCCACAAAUACUAAACAAACCAGCCAGCAAUCGAGCGAGAGAUUGAGAGAGAGCUGCGGCCGCAAGAAACAGCGAAGCAGCGCGGCGAACCCCGGGCCAGACCUCGCAGAUCCAGCGGCGGCGGCGGGCGCGCCGAUGAUGCACGGCCCCGCGGGAGGGAGCGGCGGCGGCGGCGGCCACGGGCUGGGCGGCACGAGGGUGCCCACGUGGAGGGAGCGCGAGAACAACCGGCGGAGGGAGCGGCGGCGCCGGGCGAUCGCCGCCAAGAUCUACACCGGCCUCAGGGCCUACGGCAACUACAACCUCCCCAAGCACUGCGACAACAAUGAGGUCCUCAAGGCGCUCUGCAACGAGGCCGGCUGGGUCGUCGAGCCCGACGGCACCACCUACCGCAGGGGAUGUAAGCCUCCUCCACAAGUGCGUCCUGAUCCAAUGAGGUCUGCUUCGGCAAGCCCCUGUUCUUCAUAUCAGCCGAGCCCACGGGCCUCAUACAACCCGAGCCCUGCGUCCUCCUCCUUUCCGAGCUCUGGAUCCUCUUCUCACAUCACUCUUGGUGGUGGAAACAACUUCAUUGGUGGUGUCGAGGGAAGCUCCCUCAUCCCAUGGCUCAAGAACCUUUCUUCGAACCCCUCAUUUGCCUCCUCCUCCAAGCUCCCACAGCUGCACCAUCUCUACUUCAAUGGAGGUUCCAUCAGCGCUCCAGUGACACCCCCAUCCAGCUCCCCGACUCACACGCCGCGCAUGAAGACUGACUGGGAGAGCCAAUGUGUUCUGCCACCAUGGGCCGGGGCAAACUACACCUCCCUUCCCAACUCCACACCUCCGAGCCCUGGCCACCACGUUGCUCCAGACCCGGCGUGGCUGGCCGGGUUCCAGAUAUCGUCCGCCGGACCUUCGUCGCCGACGUACAACCUUGUUUCACACAAUCCUUUUGGGAUCGCCCUUGCAAGCUCGUCGAGGGCGUGCACCCCUGGACAGAGCGGAACCUGCUCCCCGGUGAUGGGCGAUCAUGCGCCGGCUCACCACGAUGUCCAGAUGGAGAUGGUUGAGGGGGCAGCGGAUGAUUUUGCCUUUGGCAGCAACAGCAAUGGCAACAAUGGAUCGCCCGGGCUGGUGAAGGCAUGGGAAGGGGAGCGGAUACACGAGGAAUGCGCCUCGGACGAGCUCGAGCUCACCCUCGGGAGCUCAAGGACCCGUGGAGAACCACCCUUCUGAUGAUGAUGAUGAUGAUGCCACAAGUGUCUGUCUCUUCUUCGCCUGGUGGGUUUAUCCUUGAUACUUACUUGGGUGUCGGUCUGAUGUUCUACAAGCUCGGUGUUUGUUUGUCGAAAGAGAGAAGGGAGUUGAGGGAUCGUUUCGACGAUCCUCUGCAGAUGAUGUCCAUCCUCUUUCAGGGGCCUGGUCUGGACUUAUAUUUUAGCUACAUUAUGCAACUUGUUAGCUUAUUUCUUCUUUUUUUUUCCUUACUUAUUAAAAAAAAGGAAAGAUGAAAAAAUGGCAAGGAAUGCUGGCAGGACACCUUGGACAUGUUGAAGAAAUGGAAUGGCGGAGAUCAUUCGUCAUCAGUAAGCAAAGCAGUAGAUGCAAGUCCUGUGGCCAUUUAUCAUGUGCUCUUGUAAUGCAAUGCAAACACAAGUUUCAGUUGUCCUUGAUAUGACUGUUGUCGCUGCACUCUGUCAGAAGGGUGUGCGUUGUAUGUGCUGGACCGUUCAUUCAUUGAUUCUUUUGUGUCUUUGCUGGUUA